UUCCAAACCAAACUGAACCAAACCAGACCAGACUUCCUGAGUGAGUCCAGCUACAGGAGAGAAGAGUCAAACUACAACCUGCCGACGCUCCACACACUGACCCUUCACCUGGAGACUCAAUGGCUUCCAGAUUAGAAGAGGAUCUCUGCUGUCCCCUCUGCAAAGAUGUCUACAGAGAUCCUGUUCUUCUGUCAUGUAGCCACAGCUUCUGUAGAGACUGUUUGAAGAGCUGGUGGAAAGACAAAGAAGUAAAAGAGUGUCCACUUUGUAAGAGAAGAUCUUCAAGGUCAGAACCACCUUGUAACCUGGUGUUAAAGAACCUGUGUGAGACCUUCUUACAGGAGAGAGAUCAGAGCUCUUCACCUGCUCUCUGCAGUCUGCACUCAGAGAAACUCAGACUCUUCUGUCUGGACCAUCAGCAGCCAGUGUGUCUCGUCUGCAGAGAUUCAGAGAAACACACCGACCACAGAUUCAGACCCAUCGAUGAAGCUGCUCCACAACACAAGAAGCAGCUUCAGGAAACUCUGGAGCCCUUGAAGGAGAAGUUACAGUGUUUUGAACGUGUUAAAGUCGAGUUUGAACAAACAGCAGAAUACAUUAAGGUCCAGGCCGGACUCACAGAGACACAGAUCAAGGAGCAGUUUAAAAAGCUUCAUCGGUUUCUGGAGGAGGAAGAGGAGGCCAGGAUGGCUGCACUGAGGGAGGAAGAGGAGCAGAAGAGUCGGAUGAUGAAGGAGAAGAUUGAGUCUCUGAGCAGAGACAUAACGUUUCUUUCAGACACAAUCAGAACCACAGAGGACGAGCUGAGAGCUGAAGACGUCUCGUUCCUGCUCAACUACAAGGCUGCAGUGGAACGAGUCCAGCAGCGCCCCCUGCUGGAUGAUCCACAGCUGGCCUCAGGAGCUCUGAUAGACAAGGCCAAACAUCUGGGCAACCUGAGCUACUACAUCUGGAACAAGAUGAAGGAUGUGGUCUCCUACAGUCCUGUGGUUCUGGACCCAAACUCUGCUCAUCCAGAACUCGUCCUGUCUGAAGAUCUGACCAGUUUGAGAAAAAGAGGGAGACAGAAGCUUCCUAACAAUCCAGAGAGGUUUGAUCAUUACAUCUCAGUCCUGGGAUCUGAGGGUUUCAACUCAGGGACUCACAGCUGUGACGUCCUGGUUGGAGACAGUAAACACUGGGCACUGGGUGUAAGAGCAGAGUCUGUCCAGAGGAAGGGAGAGGAUCUGUCCGGAACAUGGAGAAUAGUGUUCUAUGAAGGUAAAUACUCAGCAGAGUCACCAUCAGGAUCAUCUGUUCUCUCUGUGCAGAAGAUCCAGAGGAUCAGAGUGAAACUGGACUGGAACAGAGGAGAACUGUCGUUCUCUGAUCUUGAUACUAACAAACACAUUCACACCUUUAUACACACUUUCACUCAGAAGAUCUCAAACUUUCACCUGGGCUCAAGGACACAGCAAGAGGUUCAGAGCACGAUGACAAAACACGACUGUUUCCCUUCGUGCUGA